UGUGGGGUGUCGGUGGUGCUGCUGGUGUCGGCCGUGCUCUCGGACCCCCUGAGCCGCUGCCCGCCGGAGUGCCGCUGUGACGCCGGCUUCAUCUACUGCAACGACCGCGGGCUGACAGCCGCGCCGCGCUCCCUGCCCCCCGACGCCUCGGUGCUGUACCUCCAGAACAACCGCAUCCCGAACGCGGGGCUCCCCUCGGAGCUGCGCGGCCGCACCUCGCUGCAGGUCGUCUACCUGUACGGGAACCAGCUGGACCAGUUCCCCUCGGAGCUGCCCCCCUCGCUGCGGGAGCUCCACCUGCAGGACAACAACAUCCGCAGCCUGCCCCGCGCUGGCCUGGCCCGCCUUCCCCUGCUGGAGAAGCUGCACCUGGACGACAACUCCAUCUCCACGGCCAGCAUCGAGGAGGACGCCUUCCGGGACAGCCGGCGCCUCAAGCUGCUCUUCCUCUCCAGGAACCACCUGAGCAGCAUCCCCUCGGGCCUGCCCGCCGCCCUGGAGGAGCUCCGGCUGGACGACAACCGCAUCUCCACCGUCCCCCAGCACGCCUUCCUGGGCCUGGCCAGCCUGCGCAGGCUGGUGAUGGACGGGAACCUGCUGGCCAACCAGCGCAUCGCCGACGACGCCUUCGCCAGGCUGCAGAACCUGAGCGAGCUCUCCCUGGUGAGGAACUCCCUGCUGGCACCUCCGCCCAGCCUGCCGGCCUCCCGGCUGCAGCGGCUCUACCUGCAGGAGAACGCCAUCGGCCACGUGCCGCGCGACGCCCUGCGCGGGAUGAGGAGGCUGGAGAGGCUGGACCUCUCCGGCAACAACCUGACCUCUCUGCCCGCGGGGCUCUUCCGGGAUCUGGACAGCCUCUCCCAGCUCCUGCUGCGCGGCAACCCCUGGGCGUGCGGCUGCGGGCUGCUGUGGCUCCGGGACUGGGCGAGGGCGGCGGCGGCCGCCGGGGUGAGCGUGCGUGGGCUCGUGUGCCAGUCCCCCGAGAGGGUGCGGGGCAUGGCGAUCAAGGACAUAACCACAGAGAUCGACGGCUGUCUGGUGCUGACUGGGCUUGUCGGGAUCAGCAGCAGCAGUUAGCAGGCCCCUCCCAGAGAGGCCCAGACCCCCAGCCGCCACCCAGCUGCCCCGCCCCAGGGGUCUCUGUUCACCCUCAAAUCCAAACGGCCCGGGGUUCGAGAGCCGGGUCCGGACGGCCCGGCCGUGUCUCUCACCGUGAAGCCGGUCUCUCCCGACAGCAUCCAGGUGAGCUGGAGAGCAGCGGCCCCCCGAGGCAGCUCCUUCAGGCUGAGCUGGCUGAGGCUGGGGGCCAGCCCGGCUGUGGGGUCCAUCACGGAGACACUGGUGCAGGGGGACCGGCGGGACUACCUCCUCACGGCUCUGGAGCCCCAGUCCACCUACAUCAUCUGCGUGGGCAGCAUGCAGCCCCACGACGAGGCGCCAGUCUGCGCCAAGACCGCCACCUCGGAGACCGUUGUGGGGGAGGAGGAGAGGGGCUCCCCGCUGGACCGGGACUCGGACCGGCUGGGCGCCCUGUCGCUGGCCGGGGUUAUCGGAGGCGCCACGGCUCUGGUCUCCCUGCUGCUCAUUUUCUCCAUCUUCUGCUGGUACAGCCACAAGGCUGGGCUGCUGCUGUCCGACGGCCACCAGGCCAGCUACACCCGGGGCAGCAGGAAGGGGGAAGACUACCUGGAGGCUGGGACCAAGAAGGACAACUCCAUCCUGGAGAUCAGGGGCCCCGGGCUCCAAAUGAGCCCCCUGAACAACCAGCCGCCCCCCAGGGAGGAGUACGUGAUCCAAGCCAUCUUCCCGUCCAACGGGACCAGCCUGUACAGAGGCACCCACACCAUCGGCUACGGGACCAGCCGGGGGUACAGGGGAGGAGACAUCCCCGAUAUCGAUUACUACCACACGUGAUCAGAGACAAUCCAGAUAUUGAUCAGAAAUGAUGACAACGAUACUCUUUACAAUCACUGAAUGUGUUUAAUACUCUUUACAAUCACUGAAUGUGUUUAAUACUCUUUACAAUCACUGAAUGUGUUUAAUACUCUUUACAAUCACUGAAUGUGUUUAAUACUAGUGAACUGAAGUACAGGUAGGGCUGACUAUUUUGUAAGGCUUGAGGAUAGAUCAUUUAUAUUUCUUACAAUAAAAUGAUGGACUUGUUUCACUGGA